AUGCACCCUGAGAUGGUUGAUCCAAAGAGUUCUUCUGCAGUCAUAGAAGACCUGAUACCAGGCACACUGUACUAUGUCAACCUGACAGCCCAGAUUGCCUUUGUGAUUGGUGGAACUCCAACUGAUAUCAUCAGUGAUGCUGUUUCACAGGCUACAGUUCCAGAACCGCCAUCAGAACUCCGAGUCACCAACUUCACCAGCAGGACUGUCUCCUUGUCCUGGAGUUACCAUGGAAACAAGACAAACAGCUUGGGCCGCCAUGGCAACGUGAUAAACAGCUCUUCAGUUGUGUUCACUGUCAGGUACCACAGGUUUGUUGGACUGAACAGGACUGAGUCAGGCAGGUUGUUAGAAGGAUGGCUCAACACAGUGAACACAACAGCAGUGGUGGAAGGUCUUACUGAUGAUACGGAAUACCUCAUGACAGUGAUGGCAUCAGUCAGCGGGAUGCAUAGUGGAGAGAUAUCUCUGCUGACUCAUACAGCUGCUGAGGCAGAGUGGAGUGAGUGGCAGUCUAUUGGCAGCUGUUCUGUGACGUGUGGUGGUGGGAAACAGGUGAGGAGGAUACGCAUUUUGAGGAGGAGGCUGUGUCUGCUGCAGGAUGGGCAGCAUGUACAGAAGUGUGAGGGGAAGAACAACACUCUGGCAGAUGUAGAAGAGGAACUACUGUCCUGCAAUAAUAUAUCCUGUCCAGUGCCAGUGAUAUCAGCAUGGAUGACCUGGUCUAUGUUUGAUGACUGCUCUGAGACCUGUGGUGGUGGACUUCAGAUCAGGAGAAGACAGUGUAACGGUUCAUCAUGCAUCGGAGAGGCUGAAGAAAUACGAGUGUGCCGUGAGGACCCCUGUCCAGUCCAUGGAGGUUGGUCCAGCUGGAGUGCGUUCUCUCCCUGUACGGCAGCCUGUGGCCACGGGAACCAGACACGAGCGCGUAACUGUACCAGCCCGGAGCCCGCACGUGGGGGCAACAGCUGUCCUGGGGAUGACGGCGGCAGUGGACAGGAAACACAGACCAGGGGCCCCACCUGCACCGCCUACCUGGUCAGAAUGGUCUCCAUUCGGCCCCUGUUCUCCCCUCCUGUGGAUGGCAUGUGGUCAGCGUGGUCAGAGUACAGUCCAUGUACAGUAACAUGUGGAGGAGGGGCGAUGCAGCGUAUGAGGGAAUGUGCAGACCCUGCGCCGAUACACGGAGGCAGGCCAUGUGAGGGGGAUCGGGAGGGACUGGGGAUGGAGGUCCAGUAUCUCGCCUGCAACUUGGCAGCCUGCAACUCCUCAAGUGUGGCCAGACGCAGGUGCAGUGAACACUCCCAGUGGGAGGCAGAGGACUUCAAAGACUGUGUGUCUGUGAUCAUGGCAGGGUUUGUGGAUAAGCUGAAUGGAACUCUUGAAGAUAAUUUAAUCCCAGUACACACAGUGCAAGAGAUGGAGGAGAGCCUGUCAGCUGGGGAGGUUACAGGGUUCGGGGACAUCAGUGCUGCUGCAGAGGUCAUCAAGACACUUUCACAGGGAGACCUGCUGAAUGCUGCAGAUGGGACACUUGCAAAUAAGGACAGGUUCAUAAGGGGGCUCGUUGGGAGUGUUGAUUCCCUGCUACCAGAUCAAAAUGGAGACUUUUGGCCCACCAGCAAGCAGAAAGAUGCACAGAAUCAUGUGACAUCACUCAUCAACUCAAUGGAUGAUUUUGGUUCCUCGAUUGUCAAUUAUUUGUCUAAUGUUGGAGAGGACUAUGUCACAGUGCAUAAGAAAAGCAUAGAACUGGAUGCUGCUGUCAUCCCAGCAGGACAGCUUCUUGAGUCUGUAACACAGCCGAGACCCCCGACCUGGGGACCAGCCUCUCCAGACAGGAGCAGGAUCACAGUACCAGCUGAGGCAUUUGCUGAAAUCUUGACCAGCUAUCCAGAUAAAGAUGUGAGGAGCAUUGGAGUCGUUACUUACAAGAUGAUGCACUUUGACAAGAUUUUGGAGAGUAACAAUGUACAAAGGCAUAUCUAUGGGAAUCGGACACUGAACGGCCCUGUCUUGAGUACUGUCAUCCACCCUCCACCAAAAGAAGCUCUGCUAAAUCCUGUCAUCAUCAAGAUACAUCAUACAAAAAUGGCCAAGAAUCCACUUUGUGUCUACUUGGACUAUGACGACCCAAAUCGUUUAUUCAACCCAUCUGGGUGUGAAGUGAAGGAGAGGAGGAGGACCUACACCAUCUGCCAGUGUUUUCACCUCACAGCUUUUGCUGUCUUAACAGAACUGGAGACACCAGAGCCAAAAGUCACAUUACCAACUACUAACCUUCCAUGGAUGGGACAGGUUGUUGCUAUGGCAACACUGAGCAUUACACUGCUGAUCUUGCUGUGGCUCAGAACCCACCUGGACACGUCUGGUUACCUCUUUCUAAUCCUCACAGCCUUUCUGUUGGCCAUUGAGGUCACCAUCUUUGUAGGGAUGGAAAAAUCAGACAAAUGGUACGGUCGGUAUCUCUGCCUGGGUGUGUCUGGCCUCCUACACUUCCUCCUCCUGGCCGUGUUCAUGUGGAUGUUAGCCAGGGUGCUGCAGCUCUACCGCGAUGCCAGCCUGGCGGAGGGCAAUGCACCAUGGGAGAAGUACUGCAUUCUGGGUAUCCUCCUGCCACUUGCUGCAGCCGCCGCACCUCUGAUCUUGAACUAUGAUGAUUACAGGGACAUGUCCAUCUGCUGGCUGCCACAGUCUCACUACAUGGAGUAUGCCUUCAUCGCACCUGCUGGAUUUAUUCUGAUGGUGUCUACUAUCAUCCUGGUUGUGACCAUCCGACAGUGUAACUUGACAGUCUCCAAGGCCAAAACCCCAAUACCUGGCUUUGACAUCACUGAGGAUGACACAGAGAAGACUGUGUUGUUGCUUCCCCUGGUAGCAGGAACUUGGCUUGUGUGGAGUUUUGGUUUCCACAUGAACUCCCUACAGAUGGACAUUGGCUAUGGUGUUCUCAACAUACUCCAGGGAUGCUACAUUUUCAUCUUUUGCUGUUUGAGGAGUAGGGAGGUGAGGGUCUCCUACUACAGAAAACUGGGAAUACCAGUGGAGAAAUCCACCUGGGCCUCACUGCAAGCCAGCAAGCAGCAGCAGGCUAAGAAACCAGUCUACAUCCCAUGAUAAUUGUGUCACAAUUCAGCCUAUACAUUUGUGGAUGUAUGUAUGUAUGCAUGCUUGUGUUAGAGUGUUAUGUUACAUAAAAAUGCUGUUCAUGUUUCACUUCAGAAAUAAUGUAUUCAUCUUGCAUGUUACAAGUUAUGAUCAUGUUAAAUUUUAGAAAUUCAUGUUAGCUCAGAUAAAUUGAUAAUACAUGAAUCUAGAAGACUUUUACUAAAG